UGCCUAAAUCUUUGUCACCCAUCUCUGAACCUCACUUUGCCACAGGGAGGCACUGAACCGAGAAACUGCCUUGUAACAGGUGGCGCCCCUCUCUCUACUCCCUUUCUUAUAUCAAGAGGGGAAAAACACGGAACUACUACUACCCAAUCUGGUCACCAUACGCCUAUUACUUCUACUGUUACAAAUACCGGAUCACCCUCCGGGAGAAGAUGCUGCCUUGGGCUAAAAGCAUCACUUGUAAGGAACAGGAGGACUUGACACUCCGGCCCCGUUCCUGCCUUCAGUGCUCCUGAUUCCCCAGUAGGCCUCCAGAUGGGCAGAAGCACCAAGCAGAGUGACCAUGAUCAGCUUAAAGAACUGUACUCGGCUGGGAAUUUGACAGUGCUGGCUACUGAUGCCCUGCUCCACCAGGACCCAGUGCAGUUAGAUUUCCAUUUCCGCCUCACCCCCCAGACCUCUGUCCAUUGGCACGGCCUUCUCUGUGACCGUCAGCUUUUCCUGGAUAUCCCAUAUCGGGCCUUGGAUCAAGGCAACCAGAAAAGUUUGACUGCAACACUGGAAUAUGUGGAGGAGAAGACCAAUGUGGAUUCCGUGUUUGUAAACUUCCAAAACGACCGGAAUGACAGAGGUGCCCUGCUUCGGGCCUUCAGCUACAUGGGCUUUGAGCUGGUCAGACCAGGUCACCCUGCCCUCCCUCCCUGGGACAAUACCAUCUUUAUGGUGUAUCCCCUUGAAAGGGAUCUGGGCCACCUGCCCAGUGAGCCUCCCUGAACAUGCUUAUUCAUACUCUGUGAGGGGCUGGAGGCCUUGAUAAGUGGGACCAGGAUGUGAUUCUGGACACCUCCUUGUAUCCUAGGAAUAAAGGGUAGUGCAAUC